CGCCACUUCCCCGCCAGCCCGGCUUUUGUGUCUCGCGUCUCCUUUCAUGCGGCGUCCGGCCACCUCCCGCGGCGGCCGCUGCUGAGGCGCUCGCUCGGGCAGAGGGGAGGACGGGGGGCGACCGCGGCGCGGGGUCCCGGCGGGACUAUGGGAAACGGGAUGUGCUCCCGAAAGCAGAAGCGGAUCUUCCAGACGCUGCUGUUGCUGACCGUGGUGUUCGGCUUUCUCUACGGCGCGAUGCUCUACUACGAGCUGCAGACCCAGCUGCGGAAAGCCGAGGCGGUGGCGCUCAAGUACCAGCAGCACCAGGAGUCCCUUUCCGCCCAGUUACAAGUUGUGUAUGAACACAGAUCAAGAUUAGAGAAAUCCUUGCAAAAGGAAAGACUUGAGCAUAAGAAAGCAAAGGAAGAUUUCCUUGUUUAUAAGUUAGAAGCACAAGAAACACUAAAUAAAGGAAGGCAAGAUUCCAAUAGUAGAUAUAGUGCGUUAAAUGUGCAACAUCAGAUGUUAAAAAGUCAACACGAGGAGCUAAAGAAACAGCACAGCAAUUUGGAAGACGAACAUCGCAAACAAGGAGAAGACUUCAGUAGGACAUUUAAUGACCACAAACAGAAAUACCUGCAGCUGCAGCAAGAGAAAGAACAAGAACUUUCUAAGCUAAAAGAAACUGUGUACAAUUUGAGAGAAGAGAAUAGACAACUAAGGAAAGCGCACCAAGACAUACAUACACAGCUUCAAGACGUCAAGCAACAGCACAAGAAUUUACUCUCCGAGCAUGAACGACUUGCAGUGACUCUGGAGGACCACAAGAGUGCGCUGGCUGCCGCGCAGACUCAAGUUGCAGAAUAUAAACAACUGAAAGAUACUCUGAAUAGGAUUCCAAGCUUUCGAAAACCAGAACAAGUGGAGCAGCAGAAUGUUACCCAGGUGGCACAUUCUCCACCAGGUGAAAGCACAGCAAGGGAGAGGCCAGCAGGCGAGCCACGGGAGGUGUCUCGACAUAGUGACGUGUGGCAAAAGCAUGCGGCAGUUCCUGGAAGAACAGAAGAAAUAAAACAUUAUCCUCCCACCCAGAAGGAGGCAGAAUUUCAGGCUCCAGCAGAGCUGAACCAGCAAGGAGUGGAACCCAGAGAGCCCGAGGAGCAUCAGGUGGAAGAGGAGCACAGAAAGGCCCUGGAAGAGGAGGCGAUGGAGCAGGUGGGGCAGGCCGAACAUCUCGUGGAGGAACAUGAUCCAUCACCCGAGGAGCAGGAGCGGGAGUGGAAGGAACAGCGUGAACAAAAAGAAACAGCCAGCCUUCCGGAAGGGCAUGCUCAUGCUCAGGUGCAUCCUUCCGCCAGGCCGGUCACCAGGUUCCGGCCGCCCUACGAGGAGCAGCUGGAGCAGCAGCGACUGGCCGCGAGGCGGGCGGAGGACGCCCAGCGGCUGCGAGAGCGCCAGGAGGCUCUGCACCAGCACAGGCUGCAGGGCCACUUGCUGCGACAGCGGCAGGAGCAUCUUGCCAAAGCGAUGGCGGCGCAGAGGCAGGCGGCGCGCGACGAGGGCCGCCCGCGGCCGGAGCAGCCACGGCAGCAAGCUCAUUAUGAUGCUGUGGAUAAUGAUAUUGUUCAGGGAGCGGAGGACCAGGGCAUCCAGGAAGAGGAAGGAGGUGCCUAUGAGAGAGACAGCCAACACCAAAAUGAGGCAGAGGAAGACCCAGAGAAUGGGCAUGAGCCUCAAGAACAAGGGCCCCAUGGGGCUGACCCAGAAUUGGAGGCAGAUAGGGCAGCUGCAGAGGAUAUAAACCCAGCAGAUGACCCUAAUAAUCAAGGUGAAGAUGAAUUUGAGGAAGCUGAGCAAGUGAGAGAAGAAAAUUUGCCAGAUGAAAAUGAAGAGCAAAAACAAAAUAAUCAAAGGCAAGAGAAUGCAGAAAUGGAGGAGCAUUUGGUGAUGGCAGGAAAUCCAGACCAGCAGGAGGAUAAUGUUGAUGAGCAGUACCAGGAAGAGGGAGAAGAGGAGGUUCAAGAAGAUUUGACCGAAGCGAAAAAAAGGGAAUUAGAGCAUAAUGCUGAAGACACCUAUGGUGAAAAUGAUGAAAAUGCUGAUGAGAAAAACAAUGGUGGAGACGAACAAGAAGUUCGAGAUGACAAUCGCCUCAGAGGUGGCGAGGAGCACUAUGAAGAGGAGGAGGAGGAGGAAGAUGGGGCUGUUGCUGAGAAAUCACAGAGAAGAGCUGAAAUGUAGCUGUACCCCUGUACCCCAUUUUAUGGACAAUGCUCAGCCAAUGGAUUCUUUUCAAGCUGCUCAAAAAUCAACCUGCCUACUGAACUCUAGGAUAUUUAAUUACAAAAAUUAAGAAUUUAGACUUUUUAAAAACUUUUGUAUUAGAAAUGCUCAUACAUUUAUAUGAAUAUAUUUUGAUAACCUAGGUUAUAGAGCUUCUUUUAUAUUCAAGCUAAACAUGAACAAGAAGAAAACAAUAAAGUAAACCUUACGCUCUGAAUCUUAUUUUUCAUAGAUUACAUAAUGUUGUUGGAAAGGACAUCGAUUUUGUAUAUGGUUUGAUUUGUUACUUUUGUAUCUUCUAGUUUCCAAGUGUUCUAUUGUUUGCCUCUAAUGAAAUACAGGAUUUCAAAAUAAGGAAUAGUGCAGAAUGCUGUGCAAACUUUGAGAAUGGCCAGUUUACUAAUUGCUGCCUUUCUGAGGUUCUUGUGUAUAGUUCUGAUAGAAUUUUCUCCAGUCUGUGUAUCACUGAGUAAGAUCCAUGUACAGAGUGACAAACAGUUGGAAAGCAUUUUUUCUUAUAAGGAUGUUUUUCAGACUUCAGAUCAGUUAGAUAAAUGUUCGGCUUUACUUAAAAAUCACAGCUAUUUUUGACAGGACUUAAAGAUGAGAUAGUACUAAAACUCAAGUGACAGUAUUCCGGGCUUAAAUAUUUUGUUAUUCAAGCAAGGUAUGACACAUCAGUGUAUUAACCUUUUUGAAAGACUGACGACUUGUUUAAUCACUAAUCAAGUAUGUAAGGGUGUGUUUUCUUCAUAAGCACCCAUUGUAUUUUUGUCUGAAGUCACCCUCUUGAUAUCCUUGCUGCAGUAUCUAGUUUUCUACAAUAAUAAAUAUUUCCCCUGUAAGCUCUGUGCCUCAAUUUGUAAUCACUUUGAUGACAAGUAUGAAUAUGAAGAUGUACCAAAUUAUACAAUUGAAUAAGAUUAUUUUUGGAAAAAAAAUAUGGUGAUAUACAUAGUGAUAUGAUAGACGCUCAUGACUUUUCUAUUAGCUGUAUUAUUUCUAAUUUCUGGUUAUUUUCUAAUAGCUGGUUAUGAGUCUAUUAUGUCCAUGUAUGGGCAUUUUAAUGGUUAUGAAUUAUAAAAAUCCCUUAAAAUAAAAAAUUUCCCUUGGGAUAGAGACAUUUCUGUCACAAAGAUUUUUAAAUAUUUAGAAUUAGGUUAUAUAAUUCAUAUGUGUGGUUUUGUAGUAAUUCUUUCUAAUAAAAACAAAUUCCAAUUUCCAUCA